UCAGCCCUUCGAACAAGAGUCAAUUGCCUCCUCCACCAGGAAUUUCACGCCGUCCCGCUGCCAGGUCGCACACUGCUCCCGAUUCCAGUCUUGCCGUCGAGAUGGGGCUUGACCUCAUCGACCAUUCGCCCCACCAUCCCUCCCCCUCGGCCCCGUUGUCGACCGCCUCGAACCUCGUCCUCAUCGAUAACUACGAUUCCUUCACCUGGAAUGUCUAUCAGUACCUAGUGCUGGAGGGAGCUUUCGUCACCGUCUUUCGCAACGACGAAGUGACGCUGGAGGAUCUAAUUGCGAAGCAACCCACACAGCUAGUAAUUAGUCCUGGCCCGGGACACCCAGAGACAGAUGCAGGAAUCAGUAAAGAAGCUAUCCAGCACUUCAGUGGCAAAAUACCAGUCCUUGGCGUCUGUAUGGGCGAGCAAUGCAUAUACGCCGCUUUUGGAGGGACCGUAGACGUUACCGGCGAGAUUCUACAUGGGAAAACGUCGCCACUACGCCAUGAUAGCAAAGGCUUGUACGCAGGCCUCCCCCAAGACCUGCCCGUUACCAGGUAUCAUUCGCUAGCCGGCACGCACCCCUCGCUUCCGGAAUGUCUCGAAGUUACCUCUUGGAUUGCGUCGGGUCCAGACGGAGGGAAGGGGGUCAUAAUGGGAGUGCGACAUAAGGAGUAUCUUGUCGAAGGUGUCCAGUUCCAUCCGGAGAGCAUUCUGACCGCGGAGGGACGAGCCAUGCUCAAGAAUUUUCUACGGAUGCAAGGAGGAACCUGGGCGGAGAACGAGCGACUGUCGAAAAAGACAUACGAUGAGAUCAAGGGUGCGAUAACGAAUGUGGCGAAUGGUUCUACUAAUGGGACUGCGGCAACGGACAAGCAAACAUCAAUCCUACAGAAAAUAUAUGACCAUCGGAGGGCUGCCGUGGCAGAGCAGAAGAAGAUUCCUUCGCAGAGGCCAAGCGAUCUCCAGGCCUCGUACGACCUGAACCUUUCUCCGCCACAGAUCUCAUUCCCGUCGAGGCUUAAACAGUCUCCAUACCAAUUAUCCUUGAUGGCAGAGAUCAAGCGCGCGUCUCCGUCGAAAGGCAUCAUCUCUUUGUCUGCAUGCGCCCCGGCGCAAGCUCGUACUUACGCCCUCGCUGGAGCCAGCGUCAUCUCAGUACUCACGGAACCAGAAUGGUUUAAAGGAAGCAUUGACGAUCUCAAAGCUGUUCGACAAAGCCUCGAAGGAAUGCCAAAUCGACCUGCCGUCCUCCGGAAAGAAUUCAUAUUUGAGGAAUACCAAAUUCUCGAGGCGAGACUUGCCGGCGCUGACACUGUUCUGCUUAUUGUGAAGAUGCUUGACGUAGCCACCCUCAAACAACUCUACAAGUAUUCGCUGUCACUUGGCAUGGAGCCCUUAGUUGAAGUGAAUAAUGUGGAGGAGAUGCGCAUUGCUGUGGAACUCGGUUCGAAAGUCAUCGGUGUCAACAACCGCAAUCUCAUCAACUUCGAAGUAGACAUGGACACAACUAGUCGUCUGAUGGAGCUAGUUCCCGCAGACACAAUUGUAUGUGCGCUGAGCGGCAUCUCCAGCCCAAAAGACGUCGAGCCGUACACGAAAAAUGGUGUCGGUGCUGUACUUGUCGGCGAGGCUUUGAUGCGCGCAUCAGACACCACGCAGUUCAUCUCAGAGCUUCUAGGUGGCUCAGAGAAGACAAUUCGCACUCAAGCAAAUGCAAGCCUGCUUGUAAAGAUAUGCGGUACUCGUAGCGCAGAAGCGGCUGAGGCCGCAAUCAAGGCUGGCGCUGAUCUCAUCGGCAUGAUUCUUGUCAAAGGUCGAAACCGAACGGUGUCCACGGAGACUGCACUUGCGAUCUCGAAGGUCGUCCACUCAACCAAGAAACCGACACCUCGAAGAGAACAGCCAUCAUUUGCAAGCAACGUUGCGUCUGACUACUUCGAUCAUACCGCAUCUCACCAACUCUCAGACCCAGAGCAUGCUCUCCUUGUUGGCGUAUUCCGGAAUCAACCUCUUGAGUACGUACUAGCCCAGCAGCAGGCACUCAACCUAGACGUCGUACAGUUACACGGUUCCGAGCCCGUUGAAUGGGCAAAGUUGGUACCCGUACCAGUCAUUCGAAGCUUCAAACCUAAUGAGCAAGGACUCGGUCUAAGAGGCUACCAUGCCCUUCCAUUGCUAGACUCCGGAAUCGGGGGUACCGGUAAGACACUUGACCUUGCUGAUGUGAAGGAGACUCUGUCAAGAGAUCAAGGUAUCAAGGUCAUCUUAGCCGGUGGGCUUGACCCUGAUAACGUACAAAUCAUCCUGAAAGCGCUUGGGGACUUGAGGAACCGAGUAAAGGUAGUGGAUGUGAGUACCGGUGUUGAAGGAGACGACGGGAAGCAGAGCCUAGAAAGGAUUCGAGCGUUCAUCAGUGCCGCGAAGACAGGAUGAGGCUACCUCGUUUCAGGGAGCAACUUACAGAAAAGCCCACCUAAAGAGUCCCAACCAUGCUCUAACUCGUUAGUUGGCUUGUGAAAUAUAAAAUAAGUAGACAGUAAGCCAAAACGGAGAAUCAAGCCGAUGCAAUUCAGGCUGCCUUUUAUCAAAUCCUCCGUAGGUGUCUUCGGUGCUG